AGUGCCCUGUACAGUCUUCCAAGGUGGACCACACUUUAGUCAUUCAUCAGUCAGUCAUCAUGUUCUGCUGGGGAGACGGUUCGAGUGGACAGUUUGGUCUAAACUUUGAGAAUGUGUCUGUUCCGAUAGCAGGGAAUAUAUUAUCUGAUAAAGUCACAGAAAUUGUUUGUGGGGAACAACACACUUUAUUUCUCACCGUAGAUGGCAGGAUCCUAUCAUGUGGGCGCAACUCAAAGGGACAACUUGGCAGACAGAGGAACAGAGAUUCAAAACUACCAGCCCCAGUGGAGGGUCUGGGGGCAGUGGUCUCUGUGGCUUGUGGUCAGGACCACUCUGUAGCUGUGUGCACAUCAGGACAGGUCUACUCCUGGGGGGCAGGGGGUGAGGGACAGCUGGGCAUCGCACCUACUACUGUCUCCAAAGUCCCCAGGCCAAGACCAGUUCAAAUACCUUUGCCCUUGCCGAUAACAGUGAUACAGGUUGCUUGUGGAAAUUCCCAUUCUUUGGCCCUGACUAAAGGAGGACAGGUGUUCUCAUGGGGUCUGAACAGCCAUGGACAGCUGGGCCUGGGCAAGGGAGUCCCUCUGCAGCCCAUACCUGCCCUUGUGCGCUCCCUCAUAGGGGUCCCAGUGACCCAGGUAGCAGCCGGAGGAACCCACACUCUGGCCCUCACCCUCCCAGGCCUGGUCUACUGCUGUGGGGCGAACAGGGCUGGGCAGCUGGGACUCAACCGUGUGGAUGAGAAAGGCCGGUUCAACAUCUGUUCUGUGCCUGCUCUCAGAGUCUUGGGGGUUUCCUUCAUCAGCUGUGGAGAGGCACAUUCUGCUGUUCUCACCAAGGCUGGACAGGUGUUCACCUUUGGAGAGGGAAGCCGAGGCCAGCUUGGGCACAACGCAUCAGCUAACGAACUCCUACCCAAACUGGUAGAGGGUAUGGAUGGACUGGCCUCACAGAUAGCAUGUGGCAGCCAUCACACCCUGGUGCUGGGGUCCUCAGGUCAACUCUGGGCCUUUGGCAGUGGGGUCAAAGGUCAGCUAGGGACUGGCAUUACGGAGGGCUGCUUGCGACCCACCUCAGUGCUGCUGAAAAGGGCUUCUGGUGGGGCAGCAACAGUCAUACACAACGACAUGAAGAUAUCAGUGGGAUGGAAUUCAAACUUCAUUUACACCACUGAGAGUUCUGAAAGAGAACAGCCAAUCGGGAGGUUAGAUAAAGCCAAGCUGCAAAAAUGGCUGUCGAUGGAGCAAGGAAAUGCAGAGGCGCAAAGAGAAAUAUCCUUGAUGUUCUCAACAAGUUCAAGUCUUGUGGCCAGUUUCACCAAAGCCAGUGAGAUUCCACAAGCAGCCGGAGCUUUGACAGUGGACCUAGAGGCUGCUAGCCAGGUUUUCGACCAGCUACUGAACAUACCUUGGAUUAGGAAAUCAGUAAACAUUGUGCCACUGGUGGAAAAUCUUUGCAUUUCAGCAGCUGUCAUCAAGUCCCCAGAGAUCUUUCUGAUACUACCCACAAUCUCUCUUCUCCACGAGGACCACAACGUCAUCAACAUGGUCAUGACAUUAGCAGUAUUUAUCAACAACCAUCUGAAUGAAACGGCUAUGAAAACUUUAAAAGACUGGUGGUCGUCACUGGAGCCUUCCAUCAUGACUAAGCACAUUCUGAUGUGGAAGAAUGCCCUGUCAUUCCUGCUGAGGAAUGGUCUUCUGGUUACCCACAACCCUGGAGUCAAACUCUUGCUACAACUCCUCAAGCAGCUCCACAAAGCAAACAAAAGGGCUGGAAGAAUCCAGAAAGUUCCAGCCAGUACCUUUUAUGUUGAAGAGAUCAUUGGUAACGUCAUUCCUAUGGAGGACGUGAAGCUUUGGCGUUUUUGGUCAAAAAGGGAGGAUAUGGAAGGGAUGCCUGUCAUCUUUUGCCGUUUCCCAUUUGUGUUGAAUUUGAUAUGCAAGAUGGCUGUUUUCAACAUUCAUGCACAUUUUUCAAAGGAGGUUCACAAACUCGCCCACCGGCUGACGGUGAUGUGUCCUUCUGGAACGUUCCGAGACAACCCAGAAUCUCCCCCUGCUCCAGUCUUCCAGUUGACCUUAAGGCGCCCGUCACUCAUCGAAGACACCUUCAGACAACUGGGUGCUGCAGAUCAUGACUACUUCCAGAGAGAACUUGUGGUGCGGUUUGUGGAGGACAUGAUGCUGUCGCUCGUCAACAAAAGGGACUUCUUCCUCCAUGUGUUUGAAGAGCUGUUGGCACCAGAGUCUGAGAUGUUCAUGUACAACGACACCAAGACACUGGUCUGGUUCCCUGCCAAGCCCAGAGUGGAGGAGAAGAGCUACUUCCUGUUUGGUGUCUUGUGUGGCAUGGCCCUGUACAACCACAACAUUGUACACCUGCCCUUCCCUCUGGCCCUGUUCAAGAAGAUGGUGGGGGUCAAGCCCUCACUGGAGGACCUGAGAGAGUUUGACCCUGUUGUGGGAGGGAGUUUACGGUACCUCUUGGAGGACUACACUGAUGAUGAUGUUGAAGAAAACCUGGACAUGACCUUCACCGUGAUCUGGGAUGACCAGAAAGUGGAGCUUGAUCCCAAAGAAACAGGAAAACCAGUCACAAGUUUUAACAAGAAGAAGUUUGUUGAUGCCUACGUGAACCUUGCCUUCAACCAAUCAGCGGAGAAGGUGUUUGAAGAGUUCAGGAGAGGCUUCUUCAAGGUGUGUGACAGGGACGUGGUGGAGUUGUUCCAGCCUGAGGAGCUCAGGGGAGUCAUGGUGGGGAAAGAGGACUACGACUGGGACACGCUCAAACAGAACACUGUGUAUGAUGGAGAGUAUCAUGCCAGACAUCCCAACAUCAUCACAUUCUGGGAGGCUUUUGAGGAACUGACAGAUGACCAAAAGAAAGCUUUCCUCCUGUUCCUGACGGGCUGUGAUCGCGCUCCCAUCCUGGGCAUGGACAAGAUCCAGAUGAAGGUGGCAGUCCUGCAGAACUCUACUGAACUACAUUUCCCAGAAUCCCUUACCUGCCACUUCCUACUGCUGCUGCCCAUCUACCCCUCCAAGGAGAUGCUGCUGGCCAGGCUCAAAGAGGCAUGUGCCCACAACAGAGGCUUCUGGAAGGAGAAGAAAUAUGUUGACUUAUACGUUGACAUGAAGCUCAACAAGUCAGUGCAGAGCCAGUUUGCAGACUUUGAGAGAGGCUUCCACAAAGGCUUCCCUAUACAGGCAUGGAGGAUGUUUCUACCUGAGGAGCUGAUGACACUUCUACAAGGAGAUGACAACUACGAGUGGGACAAGUUGAGAGAGAAUGCCAAGUAUCAAGGAUAUAGGCCCACAGAUGACAUCAUCCAGAACUUCUGGAGGGUUUUCACAGAGUUCUCAGAGGAGGAAAAGAAGAAGUUCUUAACCAUGAUGCUGUGUUGGGGCAGUACUGUGGAGGGCCAGCUGGGUAUCGGCGGAGCGGGGGACCCAGUGUACGAACCCCGGAGCUGCCAGGUGUUCAAUGGGCGUGGCCUGAAGGAGGUGGCAUGCGGUGGGCGCCAUUCGCUAUUCCUGUUGCGUGAUGGGAGAGUGUAUACGUGCGGCUCCAACCGCUGUGGGCAGCUGGGCCACGACAAGCCGGGGGACUCGCCAGAACUGGUGGUGGCCCUGGACACCCAGAAGAUAGGGGUGGUAUCGUGCGGCCAGGCCCACUCCAUGGCGCUGAAUGAGCAGGGCCAGGUGUUUGCCUGGGGGGCCGGUGGAGGGGGCCAGCUGGGACUGGGGACCGCUGAGGAGACCGUCCCAAUCCCCAGGCUGAUCAAGAAGCUGUGCGAGCAUCGCAUCUCUCAAAUAAUGUGUGGCAACAAGCACUGCAUCGCACUCUCUAAAGACGGUCAGCUGUUCACGUGGGGCCAGAACUCGAGCGGUCAGCUGGGUUUGGGGAAGGGAGAGCCCAGCACCUUGUCUCCCCAGCCCCUCAAGUCUCUGUCAGGUAUCCCCCUGGCUCAGAUCACCGCUGGGGGAGACCACAGCUUCGCCCUGUCACUCUCUGGAGCCGUGUUCGGCUGGGGCAGGAACGGCGCCGGACAGCUGGGGUUAAAUGACAAACAGGACCGGUCUGUCCCUUGCCACAUCAAGUUCCUCAGAUCCCAAAAAGUGGUUUAUAUCAGCUGUGGAGACGAGCAUACAGCUGCCCUCACCAAGGAUGGGGGUUUGUUUACGUUUGGGGACGGUUCUCGUGGUCAACUGGGUCAUGACUCCACCAACAACGAGCCUUUACCCAGACAGGUGCAGGAGCUGAUGGGCAGCGAGGUUUCCCAGAUUGCCUGUGGCAGACACCACACCCUGGCGUUUGUGCCUUCCUCCGGUCUGGUGUAUGCUUUCGGGUGUAACACCAAUGGUCAGCUGGGCACCGGGACACGAGGUGACAUCAAAAGCCCACUUCCUGUCAAAAGCAGCCUCACAGGAAGGCUCACAGGAAGUCCUCGUCAUAUGUCAGGGCCUGAUCAUUAUGCCAUUACAAAAAUCAACUGUGGAGGGGACCAUAACUUCCUAUUGUACUCCGAUGAAAAGAGUUCCACCCCUCCUGAAGACUUCCGCGUCACUAACAUCAGUAGAAGCAUCUCUUUGAUAAAUGAUGCCAGUUUGAAUACGUGGAGGAUGAAACUCCUAGACAACACAGAUUCCACUAUCACCAAUGACGUCAUUCUCCUGCUGUCUUCCACCGCCUGUUGGAACGCCAGCUUCCUGGAUGAGAGUGAUGACAGCCAUUUUAAGACCAACCCUAAAGUCCCUGGCAUCGAUCUCAACUCAGUCCGCCUGCUGUUUGAGACACUCAGUAAACCGCCCUUCGCCAGACUAUUGGAGCAGGCCACUAAGAGUUUUGAGAGCCUGCUGAUCCCCCAGCUGCCCUGCUCUCCCCCUGACGUUGAGGCCAUGAGGAUCUACCUGAUCCUGUCGGAGUGUCCCGCCCUACACGACUCCAAGAACUACAUCACCCUCACCAUCCCCCUAGCCAUGGCCAUACUCCGCCUGGAUGCCAACCCCAGCAAAGUGCUUGAUAACUGGUGGUGCCUGGUGGACGGCGGUGUGUUCUCCAGGCUGGUGGACAUGUAUAAGAGCAUCGUGGUGUUCCUGUUAACCGGAGGAAAGGCCCUGCUCGUCCCUGUCUUCCUAGAAAACUACACCAGUGCCACGCUAAAGCUUCUAGAGAAACUUCAUAAGGUUAACCUGAAGGCCGGGCAUGUGGAGUACAACCGCUUCUAUAUCCCUGACAUCACCACCCUGGUGGACAUCCAGGAAGACUACCUCAAGUGGUUUCUGAGUAAAGCAGAGAUUAAAAUGAGAACACCAGCAGUACAGAGCUCAGUGACUUUAUGUGCCUACCCGUUCAUACUGAACGCCCAAGCCAAGACCACCAUGCUGCAAACUGACGCUGAGCUACAGAUGCAGAUGGCGGUGAGCGGGGCCAACAUGCAUAACGUUUUCAUGCUGCUGACGUUGGAACCCCUCCUGGCACGGAACCCCUUCCUGGUGCUCCACGUACGCAGGGACCACUUAGUGAGCGACGCGCUGAGAGAGCUCACCAUCUACUCUGACGUCGACCUCAAGAAGCCCCUCAAGGUGAUCUUUGAUGGGGAGGAGGCGGUGGAUGCAGGGGGGGUAACCAAGGAGUUCUUCCUACUGCUGUUGAAGGAGCUGAUGGACCCUGUGUACGGCAUGUUCACCCAGUACACCCAGUCCAACCUGCUCUGGUUCUCUGAUAAAUGUUUUGUGGAGUACAACUGGUUCAAUCUGAUAGGGAUCAUUUGUGGGCUGGCCAUCUAUAACAGCACCGUGGUGGACCUCCACUUCCCCCUGGUCCUUUACAAGAAGCUACUGGGCGUAGCACCCACUCUGGAGGACCUCAAGGAGCUGUCGCCCACAGAGGGCAGGAGUUUACAACAGCUCCUGGACCAUGAGGAAGAUGACAUUGAGGAGACAUUUUGUCUAAACUUUGCUAUCACCAGAGAGUACUAUGGUCUGACGGAGGUUAAGGAGCUUAUCCCUGGAGGAGACCGCAUCACUGUGGACAAGAACAACAGGGAGGAGUUUGUGGAGGCCUACCUGAAGUACAUGUUCAGGGACUCGGUGAGCGAGCUGUACCAAGCCUUCUCCUCUGGGUUCCUGAAGGUGUGUGGUGGGAAGAUCCUGUCGCUGUUCCAGCCCUCCGAGCUUAUGGCCAUGGUGGUGGGAAACAACAACUAUAACUGGGAAGAAAUGGAGAAGAAUGCGGUUUACAAAGGAGAGUAUUCAGCCACUCAUCCGACUGUGAGGAUGUUUUGGGAGGUAUUCCAUGAGUUCCCUCUGGAAAAGAAGAAGCGGUUCUUAUUAUUCCUGACGGGCAGCGACCGCAUCCCCAUCCAUGGCAUGGAGAGCCUCCGCAUCUCCAUCCAGUCCACGUCGGCCGAGGAGCACUAUCUGCCCGUGGCCCACACCUGCUACAACCUGCUGGACAUGCCCCGCUACCAGACCAAACAGACCCUACACCGCCGUCUCACCCAGGCCGUGGAGCAGUACGAGGGCUUCAGCCUGGUGUGAGAUCCAGUGGCUGGGUCAGUGGCUCCCCCUAGAGGCCCAGGGGGAAUUAGCAUGGCUGCUAAUGCUAAUGUACUUUAAUAACAACGCCCUGUGAACGGGGGUGGCUGGAUGGAGGGAAGGGGGCUGCUUUUCCAUAGCACUUUCCCUAUACAGUUUACCGUAAGAGAUGAUAUAUUUUGAGUUAUAAUUGUCUUCUAUGCAGAUUGAUGUACAUAACUCGAACAGUUUUAAUUAAACCAGCUUUUUUGUUGCUUUAAGAUAAUUUAUUGAAUUGAAUAGUUUUUGGGGAUUUGAAAAAUGAUACAUGUCAGAGGUGAACAUUGAAGCCCUUUACCUGGGAUCUGGUCUUUUACCGCUGUUCUUGGGUCAGUUUGAGGACAGAUGAUACCAGAUUAAUACAUGAGUGAACAGCAGGCAGACAGUUCCAUACUCAAGCCCAAUAAAUACAUGGCAUUCUAAUGCCAUACCCACAAUACCAGUCUAUUUCUACAUUAAAAAGACUAACUGAAUGACUGGAGUUACGUACAUGUCCUCAAUCUUACAUUUAUCAGUAUUUCUUUGAUUGCGAUGCCGUUGGAGUGAUUUUAUUACAGUAGUAUUGGUGGAGUCUUUUUUUAAUUUAAUGGAUGUUAAAAUGUCUGUGUGCAUGUUGUCGAGAGGAAACGCUAAAAAGACUCAUUGUUACAUUAUAAACAAAACACAUACAGCUAAUCCACAUUUCUUUGAUCCCUGUAACCCCAGAUUAGGAAUAAAUCAUCUCAAUGUCAGAAUGAGUGCACAUUUGUAGCCUGGCGGAUAAUAGGUUGCUUUACAGAUCUGUUCAUGGUUCCCACCAGUUCCUUCUGUGAUGACACAGCAUUCAGACCAAAGACAUUAGGAUUGGUUGAUUUGACCUGCAGAAUUAGUCUUGGGUCAUUGACUAGGUUUAAGGAACAGAUUAUAUUGGGUCAUGUUAUUAGCAAUAACGAACAGCUCAGUAAUGUAAUGCCGUUUGUAUGAGGGUCAGGGGACGCUGCACUCUGAACAUCUCUGCAUCGUUUCCCGGCCGUUACUUCAAUGACUUCUCUCAAGUGUAUCUGGAUCGUGUGUUGAUAUGCAAGUGAUAAAAAUAGCUGUCUGUGCAUUCAGCCAAUGGAGGUAUUGUCUACCAUUUCUCUUAAGCCAGGUCUUUCUCCACUGUAACUGGGGUUAAGACAAACGUCGUUAUCUAUAGGGACGGCUGGUCUCCUUGUUUGUCUUUUGUUUUAAUACAUCAAUAGCCACAUUUGCCCAAGGGGAAUCAUUACUAUUUUGAUUUAUAAUUCGUCACCCUCAGUGUAGACAAUGACAUAAGUCAUAGUGACCUUUUGUUUAUUCAAAGCUGAGCUAGGGCAAUACCGGAGGGAGGCUCAGUGUGUUCUAUUAUAGCCUGGUCCUUAAUCCAUUUGUGCUGUUGGCAAGACAACAAACCGAUCAGCAACCAGGCUAGGGGAAAAGCCUAUUCAUUCCUAUUAUUCUUAUUUCACCACGGUAAUGGCGACAAUUCCAAAUCAUGGGGUCAAUGUUUGCAAAUAAGGGCUUAUUAGUGGAUCUAUAACUGGAUUGUUAAGUUUAUCAUAUUUAAUUUUGUACCUUCUAAAUGGAUGACAUUUUUUCCCUGAACAAAUAAAACGUAAUUCCAGCUUG